AUGUUAGGAUCAGCAUGGCUCUACUUAUUAACAAUAAUAAUUAAUUCUAUAAAUUUGUUCAUGCAAAUUUUUUUUACUAUUAUGUAUUCUGAUCUUGAAUGUGAUUAUAUUAAUCCAAUUGACUUGUGUAAUAAGCUUAAUAUGUAUAUUUUACCAGAAGCAAUUAUUCAUGGUUUUACAACAUUGUUAUUCCUUUUAGCAAGACACUGGUUACCAUUGAUAUUGAAUUUUCCUAUGCUUGCAUAUAAUAUCAAUAAAAUUGUAACAAAUCAAUAUGCUUUAGAUGCUACAGAAAUUUUUCGAACACUUAGUCAACAUAAAAAGGAAAGCUUUAUUAAACUUGCAAAUAUUUUAUUUUAUUAUAAUACUUAUCGCAGAAUGAUUUCUACACUUAUUCAAAAUAAUUCCUAA